CGAUCGCCUAGCAACUGUUCUGUUUAUCUCUUUUGUGGGGCCGGAAAAUACUUAACGGAAGGAACUUUGCUUGACUCGUACUGUUGAAGACAAUAAUUUGUCACUGGUUUAUUUGCUCUUCAAGGUCUUUUUUAAUUUCAUAUAUACUUAGCUUUCAGGUUAUGAGAAGAACAAAACUGGAAAAUGCAGAAACUGGGUGGCCCGUUUGAUUUGAAAGAGGCUGAGAUUAUAGCGAGACGAAGAAACUUGGAAUUGCAGAGGCAGAACAGGAUUUUUAAUGCCAGACUCAGAACAAUUGGGAUUGAUCAACAGGCAUUGGAUGGCCAAAUCAAAGAUAAGAAAAUUCAGGAAGAGACAGAGGCUAGAAAACAUUUAGCCUAUGCCAAGGAUUUGAUUCGCCAUGACCAAACAAUGUGCCUCCUGGAUGCUCGACACAAGCAAGACAUGAAGAAUUUAAACAGGGCUAUUGGUGAAUUCCGUAUAUUGUACCAAAAGCCUGAAACACGUCGCGAGUUUGAUCUGAAUGACCCACAAGCCUUAAAAAAAGAUGUUCCUGCCCGAAUUUCGGACACUGAUCCUCGUUGCACUGUAUCCAGUAUACAGAAGCUUCUUGGGGAAGAUUUACAACGACAAGAACGGAUUAAACGUCAACAGGAACAAACCAGAGAGUGGUUACUUUCACAGCAGAAAGAUUUGAAGAAUGCUUUGGAAGACCAGAAGUUUGCAAAUAGCCUGUAUGAUAAAUAUCGGGUUGCUCAGGACCAAAGAGCUUGUGAACUGCAACAAAUGGAAGAAAAUACGAGGAGAGCUGUUACUGUAGCAACAAAAGAUUUUAAUCGGGCACAGGCAACUGAAUCUGCUACAAAACAUAAACUUGAAAAACUCCAAGAGCAAGAAGACAGUGCAAUUGACAUUCAAAACCAGAUGCACAGUGAUUUCUUAACAGAAAACCCUAAACAAGCAUUUAGUGCUUUUGGACCAAAUCGUGUCAUUGUACAUCGCUGGAAAGGGAUGACACCAGACCAGAUCGAUGCUGUUGCUCGCAAAUGGAAGCAACAGGUCCAGGAGAAAAAGAGACUAGAGGAGGAAGAGCGUCAGCGUAACGCCGAAUGGCAAAGGCUGCGGAGCAAUGAUGCUCGGGCAGCUGUGCUUCUUGAACGACAGCAGCAGCGAAUAAACCGGCAACUUCGAAAAGAAAUGGACUGUCAGAACAUGCUGCUGUGCAGUGAUCAUAAAGCACGGGAGAAAUUUCUGAAAAAUGAGGUCUACGUGAAUGUGCCAACUGGAAAAUAUUUUGAUCAGUUUAACACAUCCAGCCGUUGAUAUGGAAUACAUGAUUAUCUUCUGCCUCAUUCCAAUAGGCUUCAAGAAAAUAUUUCAUAUUUUGUUCUUAUUAUGAAUGUCUUCCAUUGAAAGAAGCAUCAUAAGGAAACUCACUUGAUUUUCUAUAAUAAUGUUUCAAAUAUUAAAGUUUGCAAUCAUUGAGUUUGAAAUUACCUUGCAAUCAGUCAGUAAUUUGUCAUUUUAAACAGAGACAACAAAACGGUUUUUAAAAAAAAGGCAAUAUUUUUCUUUUGCCUUUGUAACCAUAUAAAAAUAUUUGAAGUAAACUCCUAACAUAUGACAU